AUGAUCAUUGUUGAUCCCGGUCGUCGAUGUCGUGAGCUGUUGUUGCCUAUAUUUGACGUUUGGUUGGACCGCUUGUUCGGUCGCCUCAAUUAUUUUCUCACGCAGUUUUUUACAGGCCACGAGUGCUUCAAUGCCUUCCUUCACAGGAUUGGCAAGGUUCCGGGGGCGGAAUGCCCUUAUUGCGGGGUGCCUAUCGAGACUCCUACGCACGCGGUUUUCAACUGUUAUGUUUGGAGUGCUUACAGGGGCGACCUGCCACCAACUUCCGAGCGAGACCUGGCCGGGGAUCAGGCCCUCGUUCGCCGGAUGUUGCAGAGCGAAGUGGAGUGGGCACGGUUGUCAGACACGGUGUCGACGAUCGUGAUGUUGCGGAAGGACGGCCGGCAGUUUGAGCGGCUGUUGUUGGCUUCGCAGCCUUCGGAGGUUUUGACUUCAGAUUAG